ACAGUGUUGACGAGAGGUGGGCGGUUGCUGUGUGCAUAAAAGCCUUCGGGCCGAGGAGCACUAUCAUUGGAAGUUUGAGAGAGACCAACCAAAGUCAGUCAGCCAGUCAGCCAGUCAGCCAGCCAGUCAGCCAGUCAGCCAGCCAGUCAGUCAGUCAGCCAGUCAGCCAGUCAGUCAGCCAGUCAGCCAGCCAGCCAGCCAGCCAGCAGUCAGCCAGCCAGUCAGCCAGCCAGUCAGCCAGCCAGCCAGUCAGCCAGUCAGCCAGCCAGCCAGCCAGCCAGCCAGCCAGUCAGUCAGUCAGCCAGUCAGCCAGCCCACAGCUCUUCUACUGGUACAGUACUACUCCUCUUCCUCCAGCAACCAUGACAGAGAGACAUAUCCCCUUCAGCCUGCUCCGCACCCCCAGCUGGGACCCCUUCCGUGACUGUUACCAGGGCAGCCGGCUCUUUGACCAGGCCUUCGGCAUGCCGGCCCUCCCUGAGGAGUUCCCCACCUUCCCCAGCACCCACUGGCCCGGCUACAUGCGCCCAUCUGCCCUUAGCCCUGACAUGUCCACUGCUGGAUUCAUACCCUCCAUGAUGCCCCAGAGCCCUGUGAUGUCCCCCCUGCAUAGUGCCAUGAUGCAGGCUGCCAUGAUGCCUCAGGCCGCGGUGAUGCCCCAGGCUCCCAUGAUGGCUCAGGCUGGGGCAGCAUCGUACGCCCUUGCCCUCUCCCGCCAGCUCAGCUCUGGCAUGUCUGAGAUCAAGCAGACUCAGGAGACCUGGAAGGUCACUCUGGACGUCAACCACUUCUCCCCUGAGGAGCUGGUGAUCAAGACCAAGGAUGGUGUGGUGGAGAUCACUGGCAAGCAUGAGGAGAGGAAGGACGAACAUGGAUUCGUGUCCAGAUGUUUCACCAGGAAAUACACCCUGCCCCCUAUGGCCGACGCUGAGAAGGUGACGUCCACCCUGUCCUCUGAGGGAGUUCUGACCGUGGAGGCUCCUCUGAACAAGCAGGCCAUCAAGGCUGCAGAGAUCUCCAUUCCUGUCAUCAUGGGCAGCAGCAAGACCAAACCUGACGACAUGACGAUGAGGAAGGGAAGUGGCAACGGGUACCACCACCCUGACGAACAUGACAAUGAGGAAGAAGAGGAGUGAAGAAACUCCACACACACACACACACACACUCAGAUGAUCACACACAUUUAUCCUAGACACAGAGGAAAUUGUGAGACAGUUCACACUUUCUCACGCCUUGAACAUUGUGAGGGAGAAACAAGAUACAUUUGAGAUUGCCCUCUCUUUCAUUCAACCAUCCACCCUCACUCUGUCUGUCUGUCUGUCUGUCUGUCUGUCUGUCUGUCUGUCUGUCUGUCUGUCUGUCUGUCUGUCUGUCUGUCUGUCUGUCUGUCUGUCUGUUAGUUAGUCUCAACUCUCUCUGUAAUGAGCUCAGCUCUGCUGUGUGGCUGGCUGUCAACACAUCUACACCAUCUAUCAUGCUAUAUCUCACACUCCAGUAAUUACUAUCUGCAUUUGAAUCAGGGAAACAAAUCUGUUACACACACAGACAGACAGACAGACAGACAGACAGACAGACAGACAGACAGACAGACACACACACCUCAUCUAUAUUAUGUGCUUGUUAGACACUGAAAUCUAUUACAUCUGCAAACAGCCUGUCGUUUGUCUGCAUCAUCGUUGUCCUCUCUCUCUCUCUCUCUCUCUCUCUCUCUCUCUCUCUCUCUCUCUCUCUCUCUCUCUCUCUCUCUCUCUCUCUGUCUCUCUCUCUCUCUCUCUCUCUCUCUCUCUCUCUCUCUCUCUCUCUCUCUCUCUCUCUCUCUGUCUCUCUCUCUC